AUGAAAGAGCUUCUUGACAACAUGGCUUUGAAUGCCAUGAAUCCAAUGGAUAAACUUUAUCACGUUUUCUUCCUUAUAUUUAGUUUAUUAUUUACAGGAGUAAUCGCAUCCUCAGAUUAUCACGAGCAACUUCUUCUACGACCCCUUCAUCCUUCAUCGCUACUAGCUUCAUUCAACUUCCAAAGCAACACAAGCCUCGAAUCAUUCGAACAACAGAAUUUUCGCUAUUUUCCAAGAUCAUUGGGGCAAAUUCUUCAGUAUGCCAAUACACGAGAAUUACAUUUGAGGUUUAGCCUUGGUAGAUGGGAUGCUGAAAACUGGGGUGCAAGGCCAUGGGGAGGCACAAGGGAAGGCGGAACAGGUGUAGAGCUUUGGGCUUGGGUAGAAGCAACCACUGAUGAGGAGGCUGAUGGUCGCUGGUUAACCUUGACCAAUGCAUUGUCUGGCCUUUUCUGUGCUUCUCUUAACUUUAUCGAUUCCACAAGAACAACGAGACCUGUCUUAUCAUUUCAACCAGUUAACGAUCACUCAAAUUCCACAUUAGCGAACCUACACUUACUGCAUGGAACUCUGCCUCGAGAAGUUGUCUGCACAGAAAAUCUGACGCCUUUCUUAAAACUCCUGCCCUGUAAAGGCAAGGCUGGUAUUUCGAGCUUACUCGAUGGACAUAAGCUAUUUGAUGCUUCAUGGCAGAGCAUGUCGAUUGAUGUGCAACCUAUAUGCACAAGCGUUUCAAAUCCAGGCGCCCCGAGAGAUAAUCCAAUUCCACGGCCCGUACCAUUUGAAGAUUUGAAAUGCGAUACAUCCAAAACAUACCAUGCCGACGAUACUUGCUUCCCUCUAGAUAAUGCCGCUGAAGAGGAGGAUUGGAGUUUAUCACAAAUUUUUGGUCAUUCGAUGAAGGGUUCUUGUCCAUUAGCCGAUAAUAUUGAAGACUCCGUUUGCAUAAAUGUUCCUCAUGCCCGCAAUGUCUUCACCUCUGGAGGAGCAGUUGAGCACAAAGACCCCUCUGGAUACAGCCGAUGUUUUCGAAUACAACAAGAUAGCGACUUUGAGAUGGAACGAGGUGGUGUACAGGCCAUACUUACAAAUCCUUCGCCAACAGAUGCAGUUGAUUUUGUAUAUAUGGAGUCGCUCCCUUGGUUUAUGAAGGUUUAUCUCCAUACUUUAAAGGCCGAUACUAACGGCUUGUACGGAGAUGUCAUACAAGAGAUGUUCUAUCGUCCAGCCCUAGAUCGCAAAAGAGGGACUCAAUUAGAAGUGCGGAUGCGCAUUCCAGCGGAUUCUACAGUUAUUUUGACCUAUGACUUUGAAAAGGCCAUCCUUCGAUAUACAGAGUAUCCUCCUGACGCUAAUCGUGGGUUUGAUGUCGCUCCAGCCGUUAUCACCAUUGGAAAUGUUAGCAUUCGAACUACGAGUCUGUUGCUUCCACUUCCAACCCCGGAUUUCAGCAUGCCUUACAAUGUCAUUAUUCUUACCAGUACUGUAAUGGCCUUGGCAUUUGGAAGUGUUUUCAAUCUUCUAGUCAGAAGAUUCGUUGCUGCCGAUGAAGCUGAAAAUUGGGACAUCAAGGCUGCUAGGAUGCGUGUUUUAAUGGUUGUGCAAAAGAUACUGGCUCGGAUAACAGGAAAAGCGAAGUUUGGCAAGGAAGAAUAG